UUUAAUGAGUGAAGCUGACGGAAUCGGGGACAGUAGAGGAUGUCCUUGGGGUUUAGUUUGGAUGAAACCUGAAACGCUGUGUGUGUGCGGCGGAAAGAGACGGCUCCUUCUCGCCACUCGACGUCAGCGCAUGGCACGGGGUUCGCGUGUCCCUCAGUCCGGUCCGGUUUGCUCACACCGACACGGACGCAGCGGAGAGCACACUGCGCGUGAGGGGUCUAGGCAAAGCGUGCACGGAUUUUCCUCCAACCUGAGCAGCAGCUCAGCGUGCCUUUUUUCGGGAAAAAAAAAUUUUUGGUGCAUGAAACGGGAAUUAAAAAAAAAAAAGAAAGAAAAGGAUUCGCGUUCUAAGUUUUUCUUAUGCAUGAUGCAUGGAAUGAGAAGAAAGGAAUAAGCAGAUGGAAGAACAUUAGGAAAAAAAGGGUGAUUUCCCCACCUCACCAGGAGCGUUUACACGACUCUUAUGUGAAUAUAGUCAUGUAAUCUGGAAAUGUGGUGCUUGCAAUUCUUCACUUUUAUUUUCAUGUGUCUGACAUGUGACUAAAAAGCAGCCGCGGGCUUUGGGAUGACUCCGGAUGGCUUUGCUGGAAAGCAUAAGCAUCAUAAUUUCAGUGCCAAGUCAACUGGAGGAAAAUUUAGGUGACCAUUGAUAUGCAAGAACAUAUUUUGGAUGCAGCAAGGAAACCAUGUGAUGACUUCAAACAAUAUCUUGGAAAAUAAAUGUAUGAGAUUUUGGCAGUGAGAGGAAAUACCCAUGACCACUACACUGGAUGCCAAUGAGAUCAUCAUCUAUCUGGCUCUGGUCUCAGUUUUUCGAGAGGUUCCUCUUACGAUGCAGUGACUUCUGGAAGCGGAUAAAAACUGGCAGUGAUGGAUUUUAAUCUAACUGUGAUUGACAGCGGUUUGUUGGAGAGCGACCAAUCAACACGAGUUCUUACCGGCUGUUUCCUGUCUCUCCUCAUUCUUUCCACCCUGCUGGGAAACACGCUGGUUUGUGCAGCAGUCACCAAAUUCCGCCAUCUCCGCUCCAAAGUCACCAACUUCUUUGUCAUUUCACUGGCUGUAUCAGAUCUACUGGUCGCCAUCUUGGUCAUGCCUUGGAAGGCUGUAACGGAAAUCGUUGGCUUCUGGCCUUUUGGAUCAUUCUGUGACAUCUGGGUGGCUUUCGAUAUCAUGUGCUCAACAGCAUCCAUCCUCAACCUUUGUGUUAUCAGUGUGGACCGGUACUGGGCCAUUUCCAGCCCGUUUCGCUAUGAAAGAAAGAUGACUCCCAAGGUGGCAUUUGUGAUGAUCAGCACAGCUUGGACGCUGUCUGUGCUCAUCUCUUUUAUCCCGGUGCAGCUGAACUGGCACAAGGCACAGCCAGCAAUCUUUCCAUUGCUGAACUCUUCUUAUGGACCACCCGUGAAGGACAACUGUGACUCUAGCCUAAACCGAACCUAUGCUAUUUCCUCCUCCCUCAUCAGUUUCUACAUCCCAGUGGCCAUCAUGAUUGUGACCUAUACACAGAUUUACAGAAUAGCUCAGAAGCAGAUUAAAAGGAUCUCAGCACUGGAAAGGGCUGCAGAGAGUGCUAAGUUCCGGCACAACAGCAUGGGCAGCAACUGCAAUAUGGACUCUGAGAGUUCCUUUAAGAUGUCCUUCAAAAGGGAGACCAAGGUGCUAAAGACUCUGUCCGUUAUAAUGGGAGUGUUUGUGUGUUGCUGGUUGCCCUUUUUUGUCCUUAACUGCAUGGUGCCAUUUUGUGAGCGCAACCUUCCAUGCAUCAGUCCCACCACCUUUGACAUCUUUGUGUGGUUUGGAUGGGCAAACUCAUCUCUCAACCCCAUUAUAUAUGCUUUCAACGCAGACUUCCGCAGGGCUUUUUCCAUCCUAUUGGGCUGCCCUAGGCUUUGCCCAGGUCACAAUGUCAUAGAGACACAUAGCCUAAACAACAACUAAAAUGACCUAGCUAAAUAAUUCUCUUCCUCCAUGGGGUCAGAGGGUAUCUUAAUGUGGGGAACCUGCUCUGAAAUGCAGCCUAUUGCACAUUUAACAGUGCCAGAGCAAUCAUCCCUACAAGUGGGGUGAAGGGAUUUGGGAUUAAGGCUACAAGAAGAAUGCCCUCCUGCUGUGGUUGGGACCAGUGAUGUUUCUGAUGUUUCUGUUAAGGGGAUAAUCUUUAUGACAGGCACUGUUCCUGACUCCAAAGACUGAUUGCCUCGAAAUCUUGCAGCUAUGUACUAUUUCAGGCAUGAGCAAAUUAUACAGCUUCAAGGGACUUUGGCCUUUAGGAAUUUUUUUAGUCCUCAGUGAAUACAGUGUCUCAGUGAAUAUGUUUCGCUUACGGACCUAAAGAAUGAUAAUGAACAAAGAAAACUGAUUAUAUUGUAAGCAUUUUAAAAUGUAACUGAAACCUGCAUAAUGAACAGUUGAUAUUUAUGAAGUGGAUUUGAAACUAAUGACUUCAACUGGGUGAAAACAGAAUACAUGGGACAUUUUUUCUGUGCUUCUCUUUGCAGCUCAUUUCCAGUUUUUAAUUUGAAACGUUUAAGCCAAAUGCUGAAAUCUCAGUAGAAAGAAGUAGUGGCUGGUCCAAGCAAGCUUCCAGUUCUAUUUAAAGAUUAAAACACAAUUAUAAGGUUUAAUAAUUCAAGUGAAUUAUAAGUUUAUUUCUUAAGUUCAUAAUGUAAACAUUUUUUGCAGAAAUCAGGAGCAGGAAAUUGUAAAUUGUAGUAUAUAUACGGAGUACGAUAUAAAGAAGAAAGACUGGGGCUAUUUUCUUUUUAGCCCAGAUUGUAGAUUCAUGCAGCUUACCAAUCAUUUGCACUCUAUUGUUACAUCAUCAGCAGUAAUUGUUCAAACAGCACUUUCAGGAAUUUAAAUAAUGAAUGCAGCUGCCAAUAAGUUAGGGUGUAAACAAUAAUUUGCCCAAAUCAGAUUUAUUAUGCCAUCAAUAAGACAUUAUACUCCUUUUAUUGUUGAGCCUUUAAUAGACACAAUAUUAGACUAUAUCCAUUUUAUCCAAUAUCUCAGCCAACAACCACUGUUAACAAGGAAAACUUGACUUGACUUGACUUGAAAAUAAUGUAGUUCUUGGUCAAUUAAACCUCAAGAUCAAUAUAAUUUGGAUGCAGAUCUCCCACUUUCAUAACAAAUCCCUUAAACCUCACUUUAUUCAAAAGAUGAAGCUUUAUACCCUGGCUUUUUUUUCUAAAACAAGAGGGCAGAUGGUCAAUUACGAGAUGGUUGUUCCAUGAUUGUCAUUAUGAAUAGGUAUGCAGUUCAUUGGUGUCUGUGCCCCUCUAAAGUUGCUUUUCUAUUACCAAACUCUGACAGCUAACUACCAAGACAAACAGAACAGAUGGCAAUUAAAUAUGAAUGCAGAAGUGGAGAUGAAAUAUAAUGAGAAAGCCCCAGUGAAUGUGUAAUGGUUUUAUUGUUUUUAUGACCGCUACUGUAUUCAGAAGAUGCCUAUGCAGCACAAAGGGUAUUCUACCUUCAUCUCAAUUGCAAACAGCAUCCAUUGCUAUAUUAAUUAAUGAGUUAUGUGCAAUUCUACAAUGUAGCUGUAUUGCUAAAGUGCUUUGUGAAGAAGAAAAUAGACAAUGUUCAAAGGUGGCUGAAUUUUAGUUUUCAGGAGUUCACAAAAUUUGACCAUAGUUCCUUAAAUGUUUAGGAGUGAAAAAAUGAUGAGAGACAUGGGCUAAGAUUACCAAAAUGUUUAUAGAAUGGGUGUCUAUUUGGUUUAUCAGUUUCCUUUGGUGUCUCAUAAAUGAAUAGUCAGCAAUGAGCUCGCUGCCCGUCCACCAAGAACACUUUUGUACACAAAACUAACAAAACAAAUUCCUGUAAUAUGAAGCAGUAAAAUAUGAAAAAGUUAUUCAUGUUUCAUCAUCUUACUGCAUCACUGCUGAAAGUGUAAACACGUGGUGUAUUUUCAAUACCACAGUUGGAAAUAAACUCUAGGUGAUUUAGCCAUAAUAAUAAAUGUACUAUUAUGCUGUAUGUAAUGUGAUGCAUCAUGUUACUAAAUUUAUUGUGUUGUACAAGUAGUUUUGUCUUAGCCUGUGCGGCAAUAAAAGAUGGACUUUGUUGAGUAGAAAGACACAGAUAAAAACUUAGAGUAACUAAGUGGUCAUGGUGUCUGAACCCACAGUCAGAAUUUCUUUUCCCUUCACUUCUGCUGAAUUAAAGUUUGUGUUGGUUUUGUUGCCAUACUUUCCUGUCUCAUCUUUAUCUCACAUAAGAGUCAUGUGAGCUUCCCCUGUCAAUGCCACACUCUUUGCUGUGGUGAGAGGCCCAGAAACAAGUGCCAGCGACAUGUCACCCUCUGUCCUGUCUUCAGUGUGAUGAAAUGUGAAUGGGAAACAAUAGCAGACAGGAGAAACUGGGCCUCGGCAUCCUUUACGAUUUCAUUAGUUUCUGCAGCACCAUGUGACAGAGCACCACUGACAUAAAUACAGAUAAUAAGCUCAAGCCCAACUGGAGGAACUCCAGAGUCAGGAAGAUAUUUCUGCACAGCCGGCCUUUGUGACUGACUAUGUGUUUAAUUCGACCGUGUGCAGUAGGGCCCUCCAUGCUGUCAUUAGUGGUCAGACUCAGAUUGAAAGCUCUCAUGUCAGACACAAUGGGAAGCAUAUUGAGUGACUCAUUAAAAACUAGACCCAGAGUAAAGCACCAAUAUCACAGCAUGUGAGUCACUGUGGUAAUCCAAUGCUGUGUUAGGCGUCUAAGGCACACUUACAUGCCCAGGUAGCAAUGGAAACACUUACUAUAAUUACCUUGCUCAAGUUCAUUAGUAUUUUAUAACAUGCUCUGUAGGGAACACGGUCAAAGCAGUGUUACACAAACACCAACGGGGCGUAAAUUUAAUUUUUGCUCAUUGAAGGUUGACACCCUAAUACCUCAUGAUGUUGAGUAUCUUACAGCGAGAUUAGAUUAACAACUGUAAUACAAUAAACCAGUGUGACAUUAUGACAGUGUUUCCUGUAUGACUUUUUUUCAGAACAUCUGAAUUAGCAUAACAUCUAAAGCUACAUCUUUUUUUUAUUUUUAAUUUUUAAUCAAGUCACACAGGGGUGAGAGAAGUUGAGUUCUUUAUUUAAAACUAGUCCGCUGCAUUACAAGUGACUCUGUACAUGACUACUGGAUGUCAAGGUCACUGAGUAGCUUUAGGGAGUUUUAUGUUGGAGAGUGAGUGUGUGUGAAAGAGAAAGCGAGAGAAAGAGAGAGAAGCAGACAUGCACAGCCUGACAGAUAUUUUCCCAACUUUUGUUUUGUAUAAAACGAUGCAGAACCGCUAACAUUGGGGAAGACCAGUAGCACUGAAGCAUAAAUAUGGAGAAGUCUGAUCUUGACAGGGUUCUUCUUUGUAGGCUAUCAGGGUUAAUGCAAAGUCAGAGUGUAAAAUUGGAGCCUGGCAAGUGUAAUCAAGUGCUUGGAUAAAUCAUAUUCAAUCUUGCUUAAAAAUUAAUAAAUCUCAGUUGAUAUUCUAAUGCUCCCAGAACUAAUGCAUUUGUAAUGGAUCAUAUGACAUUGCUGUGACAGAGCAAUCAGAAAAGCACAGGGAGCUGCAGUAGACACAGAGAGAAAUGUGUCAGCUCAUACACACGUUGUCUGACACUGAUGCAUGUUUCCACCCCAUCCCUGUGGCUGAGUGUGUCUGGGUGUCUCGGUGUAGCCAAUGACCAUGGUCUUUG